AUGAAAAAGCCACAAAAUGAAAUCGUUCCUGUUUACCAAGUUAUUAACGGCCGUAAAUAUCCUCGCAUUUUGCCAAGACAUAUCUUACUAGACGCCUUGAAUUAUACUCCUGAGAAAGGUGACAUAUUUAUUGCCUCUUAUCCAAAGAGUGGAAUGACUUGGAUGCAGCAUAUUGUAUUGCUGAUUUUAAACAACGGGAAACAGCACCAAGAUCACAUGGAGUUUAUCCGAAAGACUCCGUUUUUAGAUGCUAUGGGCUCACAAGCUAUUAGAGAAAUGCCGAAACCGGGCCCGAUAAAAACCCACUUUCCAUUUCAUUUGGUUCCCUAUUCUUCAGAAGCUAAAUACAUUUACGUAGCCAGAAAUCCUAAGGAUAACUGUGUCUCUUACUUCCACCAUCAUCUGAUGUUUCCCAUGUACAGGUUCCAGAAUGGGACUUUCAACACGUUUUUCGAGCUGUUUGUAACAGGAGAGACGAUCUCGGGAGACUACUUUGAUAAUCUGAUGUCUUGGUAUCCACAUCGGGGCGACCAUAACGUGCUGUUUGUGACUUAUGAGGAGAUGAAGACUAACAUACGUGAGGUAGUACUCAAGGUAGCGGGGUUCUUACAUGAAGAGUGUUUAGAAAUGCUGAAGGCUGACGAGGAACUAUUGCAAAGAAUCCUUUAUUACACCAGCUUUGAUUAUAUGAAAAAAACAGUCAACAGGGACUUGGAAAGCUUCUUCAAAACAAAUCCUCUGAAAUUCCUUAUGGGGUCGACACCCCCGGGUCUUCGUGCUGGUAUUCUCAAUGCUAUUCGCUUAGGUGACCUGAAGACUCCUGACAAACCAAACUUCAUAAGAAAAGGUAUUGUUGGCGAUUGGAAGAAUUAUAUGACAGAAGAUCAAUCGAAACGGUUAGAUGAAAAGUUCUUAAAAGUAACUCAAGGAACGGACCUCCCACAAUUAUGGAAGGAAUACAUGCAACUUACAUGA